AUGAAAUUGAGGACAUUCAGCAGGAAAUCACAGUGCUGAGUCAGUGUGACAGUCCGUAUGUAACCAAGUAUUAUGGUUCCUAUCUGAAGGGACCUUUGGGCCAGCUUGCAGUCAGAACUUGCCCUUAGAAGAACCUCUGGGGCUCAGCAAUGCUUCCCUCUCCCUCACAAGGGAUGGCAGCCUGGUGGACACCUGGCCUUCAGCCAGACGGCGGUGGACUUCAGAGGAGGAUACCAAACUCUGGAUAAUCAUGGAGUAUCUCGGUGGUGGUUCUGCCCUAGAUCUAUUAGAACCUGGCUCUCUAGACGAAAUUCAGAUUGCUACAAUAUUAAGAGAAAUUCUGAAAGGACUCGACUAUUUGCAUUCAGAAAAGAAAAUCCACAGAGAUAUUAAAGCGGCCAAUGUUUUGCUGUCUGAACAAGGAGAAGUGAAACUUGCAGAUUUUGGAGUAGCAGGGCAGCUGACAGAUACCCAAAUAAAAAGAAAUACCUUUGUGGGCACACCUUUUUGGAUGGCCCCUGAAGUAAUAAAGCAGUCAGCGUAUGACUCAAAGGCAGACAUCUGGUCUUUGGGCAUAACAGCCAUCGAGCUUGCCAAGGGCGAACCGCCUCAUUCAGACCUGCAUCCAAUGAAGGUUUUAUUCCUCAUCCCAAAGAACAGCCCGCCAACGCUGGAAGGCAACUACAGCAGAUCCCUCAAAGAGUUUGUUGAGGCCUGUUUGAACAAGGAGCCAAGCUUUAGACCCACAGCCAAGGAGCUGUUGAAACACAAAUUCAUCAUUCGAAAUGCCAAGAAAACAUCGUACUUGACCGAGCUCAUUGACAGGUACAAAAGAUGGAAGGCUGAACAGAGCCAUGACGACUCUGGCUCUGAGGACUCUGAUACGGAAACAGAAGGCCAGGCAUCCGGUGGCAGUGACUCAGGGUCCUGGAUCUUCACAAUCCGAGAAAAAAAUCCCAAGAAUCUUGAGAAUGGAACAGCUCAGCCACAAGAAUUGGAAAGAAAUGAGGUAGAAGAUAUUCCGAGCCGGCCUUUGUCUCAGUGCUUAUCCACAAUCAUUUCUCCCGUAUUUGCAGAGUUGAAAGAGAAGAGUCAGGCGUAUGGUGGUAACCCAGAGUCCAUAGAUGAUCUGAGAAGCGCUAUUUAUGUAGCAGAGGAGGCAUGUCCAGGGAUCUCAGAUGCCAUGGUAGCCCAUCUUGUACAGAGGCUUCAAAGGUAUUCUCUGAGUGGAGGAGACACGUCAACCCACUGAAAUUUGGGUUUUAGUUUUGUUUUUCCCUAUCCAUCCUGUUUUAAGAAAUAAGUCCAUGAGGCCGUGCUGGGACGACACUGAAGAGGUGUGUGAGGCCUGGGCCUCUCCGAUGGCCAGCGAACAGGCCGCUCCCAGGGUCAGUGUGACCCGGAACUCACGGCAGCAGGAGGUCGUCGCGGACUGGACGGGGCUUUCCGCUCCACGAGGCCACAGCUUUAUUUUAGAAUUUAGCAUUUUUAAUUUUAACUAGAGUGCACCUAUUCAAGGGAGAUGUGUUUUACAGAACAAAUUCCCCAAACCCCAGCAGCACCCCCAAAAUCCAAAAUGUAUAUGAGUUGUGCUAAGGUGACUGGAGAUGUUAAGGACCUCAGGAAUCUUGCUUUAAGUUUGAGAAAUCCUCUCGGAGGUGGAAAACUGCUCUGUUUGGUUUGUGUACAUAUUUGUACAUAGUGUCCUUUUUACUGAAACCCUUUCUGCGUAAGGAAUCAGUGCAACCAAAAUGGUCAAGUGCUUCUGUGGCUAAUGGUAGUGGAGUGCAUACAUGACCAGCCAUAAAUGAGUUCAUGCGUUGCCGUGGAGUUAUGUGACAGGUGACUUAGAAUUUAUUUUGUAUUUGCAGGGUUUAUUAGACAUUGAAUGAUGCUCUCUUAUGGAAAAAAGAUUUGUACCUUGACAGAUGAAAAAUUUCCCUUGGAUGCCCAAUGGCUUUUUGUACUUAUAUUAGCCCUCUUUCUCUCGUCCCCACCCCACCCCAAUUAUGGUACUAAGUCAUUUGUAGUGUUAAAAUGUUAAUACAUCCUGCCCUGUGAUGCUUUAAAUUAUUAUUUUAAGACUUUCUGUACUAGUCAGGAUUCUAACUUGUUCUAAAUUGUGCCAUUGCCAACCUGAACCCGAGGAGGAUGUUUCUAAUUUUAGUGUUGUGUCAUGCCCAAUCUUGUAGUAGAAAUCGUCAUUUGAGACAAUCUCUCCUCCAGUCACAUACAAAUACCCAAGUUACCGUAACUCUUUGCAACAGGAUUUAGGCAAAGUCGAAGAUAUCCUAGAAAAGAAUAUUCUUUGUGUGCUCAGGGCAUGUGUUUUUGGCAGUGAAACUAUCCAAAAGACUUCUAACUUUGGUGUUUAAAAUUUGGAUAUUCCUUUAGGUAAGUUUCCCAGACAACCUCUCACAGUCCAGAAAAAGCAAUUGUUCAAUGCUGAAGUAUAUGUAACACAUACUGGGUGAUGGAAUACUAUUGGCCAAGGAUUUCUGGUAUCUUAGAUUUUAUUUUAUUUUUUUAAUGGUUGCACAGAGGGUUAGCAAAGCCCAACUUGCUGAGGGCAGCAAUCAAGAUUUCUGAAUCUUCUGGGGGAUAGUUUAGCUAUUGAAAUUCAUUACUUCAAGUGGGGGGUGGGGGGGUGUCUUAUGUUAUUAAUGCUACAUAAUUGUCCUGUUUUGAUGUCAAAUGUCUCAUUACCGGUCCAACUGCUGUCUGAACCAGAAAACCAAUAUUGCCUGGAAAUGGGGACGGAAGAGGAGUAUGUCUGAGCCAAGUAGUUUUCAAGUGGAUGGGAAUCAUUGAAACAAAUGGCGAGGUUUGCUUUUAACAACUCAAACUGUGAUUUUUAUUAGAAAUAAAACUCGCUUGACCAAUGA